AUGGAGAAUACAGUCUCAAUCGUUGCACGCACUCCAGUGCAGAGUACAUCGAAUGUGUCAAAUGAUGACAUUUUACCCUCAUCACGUAUUCUCAAAGAAGUUUACUUGUCUGAGAACUUACAAUCAAACACACUGGUAGACAGCACAAUAAAACCCAACCAUACUCAGUUGGCAGACGCGGCCGCUGGUGUCUUGCAAAGUGGUCUUGAUCGCGACAAGGGUAGUCAAUCGGACGUGGUGGAUAGCACACCACAGGUGGCCCGUGUUGAUAAUAUCGCAACUAUGUGCGAAGAUGGUGAUGUGGUUGUUGUAGAUGCUACGCCUGUGAGAGCGCUCUUGGAGAGGGACAUAAAAGGUGAAGCCGAAUACGCACGUAAGGCAAUCCAGACGAAAACCACGGCAAUUAAUACGAAGACCGAUAAAGCAGAGGCACCAGAGACUGGCAGUAGCAAUAGCGAGAAGAAGGGGGAGAAAUUGAAAGAAAGUGAGCAUGUACAGAGUACAUCGGUGUAUAAGAGUGGUAUUAAAGUUGCGAGUGAUUCGAAGGACGUGGACACAAGUACACCACAGCCGGGGGAGGAUAUUUGUACUGAAGGUAUAGGUGCGAGUGUCAGGGUGCCGGCGACCACAACGAACCCCAAUGCCAAACCAGAGGUGAGGACGAGCACACGUGUGUCUAGAUCGGCCGCACAGGCGUCUGUACCUACAGCAUCUUUGAACAAAAUGCACACACGAGCGUCAGCUGGUGACAAUGCAGGUGUGAGGCCUAAAAGGGGGACAGUAGGGUCACGAAAAGGGGCUGAUACAAAAAGUGGGGUGACGAAAGUGCCAGCCGAGGCGGCUAAGAAUAAGAAGGGAAAGGCGGCGGCCAAGGUGAAGACACAGCCAUCUGUAGCGAAAGCCAAAAAGAUCACACCAUUCUCAACUGCGAAGAAGGUCGUGGCGCAAAAGCCAAAAGACCUGAGCCCCUUCUUAGUAUCUUCGAGCAAGGAGCAUGAUCCGAAGGCCACGCCAUUCAGCGCGGGGCUUAAGCGACCUCACUCCGAUCACACAACCACACCCAGCAAGACAGUACUUGAUCUAACAGGUGAAAGCACCCAAGUGGUUGAUGUCAUGGGUGAGCAGCCAUCGGACAGCAAGAGGUUAAAGCCGACAACGGUGGAGAUUGGUACAACAGCACCGACUGACGGUGCUGGUGCAUCUGUGCCGGAGAACAAAGAAAAAUCGCCACAGAAAACAACUAGCGCUCAGGAGAAGGAGAAAGUGGCACAUACACCUAGCAACGCCGACAAGACCUCUACCACAAGCCAAACAACUGAAACCACUGACUCGGCAAAGACCAGAACGGGAACCAAAGCCAUCUCCACAUCGGAUGAUACCGACCCUAUCGCGAGCACACCCGAGGAAACACACUCACAGACGCAGAACAUAGAUAUACACGCGGACAAGACAGAUAUAGCAGAUACACAAGAGAGAGAGAGCAGGAAGCGGAAAGCAAGCGAGAGGGAGGGCGUUGUGGCUGUUCAGAGUGAGAGUGUCAGUACAUCGGCCACACCGGCAAAUGCAGGGAAGCUUAAACCCACAGCUGAAAGGUCAGUAACAAGGGAGUCGACUGAGGGCUCCAGCCUGGAGCAAACGCCCGCAGGGAUCCCAAGUGAAAAUCAGGAGAAACCAAGUACGGCCACUGUAUCGAAGAAAAGAAGAGCGAGUGCUAUCAGUGCUGGCAGCGCGAAGAACAGCGUUAGCAAGAAAGAAGGUAGGCUCGUUCAAAUGCAGUUGUGA